UGACCCCUGACCCCUGGUGCCUGCCCCUCCCCCACCCAGGUGACCUCAUAGCUGUUGCCAGGACCCGCCAUGGCCCCCAAGGUGUCCCUGGCCCUACUCUUCCUGCUGGGCCUUGCUCUCCGGGUCCCAGGCUGCCUGCUUUGCUUCACCAGCUACGAGGAGCGCCUGCGUGUUUGCCAGUUCUUCCUGGGCGAAGACAGCCCCAAGCUGGAGGGCUGCAUGGAGGCAUUUGUUUCUGCUUUCAAGGGGCUCCGGGACAUCGAGAUCAACUACGAUGAGCGUGGCCGCCUGCAUGAUGCCUUCACCCAGAUGACCCACGCCCUGCAGGAGGAGGCUAGGGCCAAGGGGUCUUUUGAAGUUGCCUUCAGUAAUGCAGCAAAGAAAAUGCUGGAGGUGACUACACAGUUGAAGGAAGUCCAGGACUGCAUCCCUCCCUGUGGACUGCAGGAGGUGGCCCGGCGGUUCCGCUGCCGCGGCUGCUACUCGGCCUUGUGCGACCUGCCCCUGGACUGCCCAGUCCAGGACGUGCCGGUGCUGCGGGGUCGCCAGGCGCUCUUCUCCUGCGCGGUGGGCUUCCAGCUGCCCGGCGAGGAGAUCGUCUACUCCUGGAAGUUCGCGGCGCAGCUCCGAACCCAGGACAUGACGUACUUCCACGACCUGCCCGGUGGCCGAGGCGUCGUGGCGCGGAUCCGGCCGGUGCAGCCCGAGCACCGCGGCACUUUCUGCUGCGUCAUCGCGCACGACCAGAAUCCCCUGGCGCGGCUCUUCUUUUACCUGAACGUGACAGGCCCGCCGCCGCGCGCGGAGACCGAGCUCCAGGUCCUGUUCCGCGAGGUGCAGCGCUGGGGGCGGCGCGACCUGGAGACGCUGCGAACCCCGAGGCCCAGCCUGGGCGAGCUGCUGGCCAGCCCCGGGGCGCUGACCCCCGGCAACCAGCUCCUGCUGGGCGCCGUGGCCGCCCUCGCCGCGGCGACUGUCACCGUCCUGGGGUGGUGA